AUGUCACAAUUCAUACCAGAAGAUUAUCUCCCAUAUCUAGACUAUCUCCCCGACUUGCAAAAAUGUGCCAACCUCUUCAUGACAUUCACCCCCGUUUUCUCAUAUGGAUCCACCUGUUAUUCAAUCUAUCGUCGUCGAACCUCCCAAGGAUUUUCCAUCGAUAUUUGUGGCACGAUGUUUAUGGCAUCAAUAUUACGAAUAUAUUAUUAUAUCUGCAGUCCGUUCGAAGUUACAUUAUUGAGACAGAGUAUAAUGAUGAUCUUAAUCCAGAUUGUCUUGUUGAAAAUCAGUUUAAAAUAUCGAUAUUCGAAUUAUGAUCCGGAAUUCCUAACACCAAUGCCGCAUUUUCUGCAUGAAUUACAAUCAAGGAUUCCGAGACGGAUGUCGAGUGCGAAUGCGAUGCAACAUGAAGGAUAUUGGACUGGGGAUUGGAGAGGGUCGAUUCUGGGGGUGGUGGCGGAUUAUGGGAAGAUGAUUGUGAGUUAUGUUGUGGCGGGGUUUAUUUCGAUAUUGAGAUUAUUUGAUGUUUAUUAUUUAAGACCGGGACAAUUUUGGCAGUGGAAAUUAGAAGAAAUGUAUUGGAGAUUUUUGAUUGUUUUUGCUGGGGGAUUUGGGAUUUUGACGGGGUUGUUUUAUAGGGUGGAAAUGUAUGGAAGUAUAAUUGGAACCUUGGGAUUAUUUAUAGAGAGUUUAUUACCAUUACCUCAGAUUUUAUUAUUGAAUCGAUUACAAUCAGUAGAGAAUUUUAAGAUUAUAUUAUUGUUAAGUUGGUUAGGUGGUGAUUGUAUUAAGAUUAGUUAUUUAUUAUUUGGAACUAAUAAUAUUUCUGCUAUAUUCAUAAUUGCUGGUUUGUUCCAAAUGAGUUUGGAUAUUUAUAUCGCAGUACAAUAUUUACAAUUAAGAUUUAAUCCAAUUGAAAACACAAAACAAUUACCACAGCAUCCUUUGGAUAAACUGGUAGAUGAAAUAGUUAAUGAUUUAUUAGAAUUACAAGAAUUACUGCCAAGUAUAUCAACAGCAUCAUCAUCAGAAUAG